CUCAGUUGGCUUGUUGUCUUUGUACAUGAUAGAAUUAGAGAUGGGACAACUUCUUGCCGUCCUAACUUGGGUUUGUAUAUUAAACCAAUCUGAUGCUUAUCAAUGACUUACUGACUAAGACAACAGGAAUUAAUAAAAAUGUGAAAGCUAGACAACAGGAAUUAUUCUUGUCGGCUUAUGUAAGGCAUUACAUGUAACCACAUGAGUAUAAACUUCAAACACGAGAUAUCAUAUGAUAUGAUGUCUACAGUAGGGAGAUGCAAACUAGGAGAAUCAUUCAAAUCAAAGCUUGAGAUGGUGACCUCUGGAUUUUACUAAAUACAAGGAUUUAUUUUAUUGAGAUUGAAAGCUACAACCUUACAAUGCUCCUCAGCCUUUUUAUCAGAAGUGUACUCCUGGCUAUCUUUCAUAUAUUGUUGGGCUUUGUGGAGCCUAGUUUUAUUUGAUCCGGUUUGACGAUCCGACCCGAAUAAUAUUACGCGGUUUUUUAAUGGGAGAUUGGCAUCAAAGCUUUCGCUGGCAUAACAUAUAUGCUAUAGUUGCUUCAGAGGCUUAUUAUCCGGAGCUUAUAGCAAUGACUGUCUCUCUCCUCUCCUUUGUCUUGCUUCUCUUCAUUUCUUCAACCAACCAUAUCACAGCUCAAUCACCAGCCACCCCAGUUACAAACUUCUCGUGCACCACAGACUCACCUGCCUCAUGCCAAACAUAUGUCAUCUACCGUGCUCAGGCACCUGGAUUUUUGGACGUGGGAAAUAUAUCUGAUCUGUUUGGGAUCAGUCGCUUAUCAAUUGCAGAAGCAAGCAAUCUGGCUUCUGAGGAAGCUCGGUUGAGUCCAGACCAGCUUUUACUGGUACCUAUCUUGUGUAGCUGCACUGGAAACCAUUAUUUUGCAAACAUUACUUAUAAGAUCAGGACAGAUGAUAGCUUCUACUUCGUUUCAGUCACUGUGUUUGAAAAUCUCACCAAUUAUAAUGCAGUGGAAGCUUUGAACCCUGGUCUGGAACCGACCACCUUGCAGGUUGGUGUUGAAGUAGUCUUCCCUUUGUUCUGUAAGUGUCCAUCGAAGUCACAUUCGGAUAAAGGCAUCAACUAUCUUAUUACUUAUGUGUGGCAACCUGGUGAUGAUGUAUUGCUUGUGGGUACUAACUUGAAAGCAUCCCCAGUUGAUAUCAUAGAUGAAAAUAACAAUCUGAACUUUAGUGCUUCGGUGGACCAGCCAGUGUUGAUCCCUGUUUCACAACCUCCACUUCUCACUCAGCCUGAAAGAAGGGCAUCCAAAGGCAGGUGGAUCCUUGCUUUGGUUUUGAGCACAGGAGCUCUUUUAAUUUUCCUUUUGGUGAGCCUGCUGGUCUACACUGGUUUGAUCAGGAAAAAGAGGACUCUGGAUCAUUCAAAGUCCUCUUUGGAGACCACUGAUCUCAUUAAAGUGAAGAAAGCUCCAGAGGAUGAAAAAUUUGAGCUUAAGAUCAUACAGGAUAAGCUACUUCCUGGGGUUUCAGGCUACCUUGGCAAGCCAAUCAUGUACGAGACUAAAGUCAUUAUGGAGGCAACAAUGAACCUCAAUGAACACUACAGGAUCGGAGGAUCAGUAUACAGGGCCACAAUCAAUGGUCAGGUUGUUGCUGUAAAGAAAACCAAAGAAGAUAUCACAGAGGAAUUAAGGAUACUGCAGAAAGUAAAUCAUGGGAAUCUGGUCAAAUUGAUGGGCGUCUCAUCCGAUGCUGAUGGGAAUCGCUUCUUGGUUUAUGAAUUUGCUGAAAAUGGUUCACUGGAUAAGUGGUUGCACCCAAAGCCUUCUUCCCCUUCAAGCUCUGUAGCUUUCCUCACAUGGAGCCAGAGGAUACAGGUAGCCCUAGAUGUGGCCAAUGGCCUGCAAUAUAUGCAUGAGCAUACUCAACCAAGCGUUGUUCACAGGGAUAUCAGAGCAAAUAAUAUACUUCUAGACUCCAGGUUUAAGGCCAAGAUCGCAAACUUCUCUAUGGCUACACCUGCUAUGAACUCUAUGAUGCCAAAAGUUGACGUUUUUGCUUUUGGGGUUGUUCUAUUGGAGUUGCUUUCAGGGAAGAAAGCCAUGCAAAUGAGAGCCAAUGGUGAGAUUGUUAUGCUGUGGAAGGAUAUAAGGGAGAUCUUAGAAGUCGAAGACAAGAGAGAAGACAGGAUAAGGAGGUGGAUGGAUCCAACAUUGGAGAACUUUUAUCCCUUUGAUGGUGCUCUCAACUUGGCAGGGUUGGCAAGGUCAUGCACACAGGAGAAGUCUUCAGCAAGGCCAAGCAUGGCAGAAAUCGCCUUUAAUCUCUCUGUCCUCAGUCAGACAUCUUCUGAAACCUUGGAAAGGUCCUGGACUCAGGGGUUUGAACCAGAAGAAACAAUACAAAUAAUCAAUCCGGUCAUAGCUCGUUGAUUUGGCUAAUGAAUGAUGGGUUAUAUAUGUCCAAAUAGAUUGAUUUCCUUGUAUCUUAUAUUUCCUGAGUAGUGAAAUCCAUGUAUAUUUUGUUCUGCAAA